GCCCUGCCGAGGCGGCGGUUGCUAUGGAGACGGAAAAUGGCGCCCAGGAGCCGGCAGCGCUCCUCGGCCCCGCUCCAGGUGCUGCUUUUCCUCAACGGGUGGUACAGCGCGACCUAUUUCCUGCUGGAAGGCUUCAUCUUCGUCUAUAAGGUGCUGCUGCUCCCCUACCCCCUCACCAACCUCCUGCUGGACCUGGUGCUGCUCCUCCUCUACCUGGGCACCGAGGCCACCCGCAUCUUCUUCGGAUCCAAGGGUAACCUGUGCCAGAGGAAGGUUCCCCUCUCCAUCAGCCUGGCCCUCACCCUCCCAGCUGCUGUCCUGGCAGUUUAUUACCUGCUCCUGCAGACCUAUGCCCUGCGUCUGGAAGCCAUCCUCAACACCAUCCUCCUCCUCUUCUACUCUGUGGAAUUCCUGCUGGGUGUCCUGGCUCUCCUCACCUUCUCCAGCUUGGAUUCCUACUGAGAGCCUGUGCCACACCAAAGGACCCAGUGCCACUUCCACAGGGAAAAGAGGGGUGGUGGCACUGCCACCCCAAGGCCACAGCAGCCCCCCCAGGGGGGUUUGUGCUGCUCAGGCCACUUGAAGGUACACAAUAUUAUUAUUAUUAUUCCUUUUUUUUUUCUACUUCUCCAAAGAAUUCCCUAUUUUCCAAUAAAUAUUUAUUUUUACCUG